AUGGGCGUCAACGUGAAAGACGGAGAUCGCUUCGACUUUAUUGUUGUUGGUGGCGGUACUGCCGGCAACUGUGUUGCCGGCCGUCUGGCUGAAAAUUCCAAGGUUCGCAUCUUGGUGAUUGAAGCCGGUGUUGGUAACCCGGAAGAGCUUCCAGAGAUUACCACGCCGUCCAAUGCCAUGAACCUACGUGGCAGUGCUCACGAUUGGGCUUAUAAGACGACCAUGGUCAGGCGUGAUGAUUAUGAGCGUAUCGAAAAGCCGAAUUCGAGAGGCAAAAUGCUUGGUGGAAGUUCAUCAUUGAACUACUUUACUUGGGUUCCUGGAUGCAAGCCGACGUUUGAUCGAUGGGCCGAAUGGGGUGGCAAAGAAUGGACUUGGGAUCCCCUCGUUCCUUAUCUACGCAAGAGUGCCACUUAUCAUGAUGAUCCUAAGCUCUAUCUCCCUGAGCUCAAGAAGAUUGGUGGAGGAGGGCCAAUCCAUAUCUCUCACGCCGAACUUAUUGAUGAGAUGAAGCCUUUCCGCGAUAAUCUCGAGAAAGCCUGGGUCUCGCGCGGAGAACCCAUGACGGCAAACAUUUAUGAUGGCGAAAUGAACGGCCUCUAUCACUGUGUCGAUACUAUUUAUAAGGGACAGCGCUCUGGAAGUUACCUCUUCCUCAAGAAUAAACCCAACAUUACGGUUUUGGCCGAAACUCAUGCCAAGAAGCUGCUGAUCAACUAUGCUGACCGAAUCUGCCGUGGCGUGCGAGUUACGACUCCUGAUGGCAAAGACAUCAACGUAUACGCAGACCGUGAGGUUAUUCUCUCGGAGGGAGUGUUUGAAAGCCCCAAGCUCUUGAUGUUGAGUGGCGUCGGCCCUGCUCGUGAACUGAAAAAGUUCGAUAUUGAUGUCAUUGUCGAUUCGCGCCAUGUUGGCCAGAAUCUCAUGGAUCACCCGGCCGUCCCAUUCGUGUUGCGCGUCAAGGAUGGCAUUGGUAUGGAUACCGCUGUUCUUCGAAAGAGUAAAGAAAACGAAAAGCUGCAUGCUGCUUAUAAGAAAGAUCAUUCUGGACCAGUCGGCUCCGGUUUCUUGGAGAUGGUGGCGUUCCCUCGCAUUGAUAAAUAUCUACAGAAUGAUGAGCAGUAUCGCGAGGCUAAGAAGGCCAAUGGUGGACUUGAUCCCUUCUCGCCUGAAGGUCAGCCUCAUUUCGAGCUUGACUUCGUUUGCCUUUGGGGCAGCGCAUUCCAAUGGCACUUCCCGCACCCGCCGGAGGGAGAACACACCACCGUUGUUGUUGACCUAGUCCGUCCGGUCUCUGGUCCUGGCGAGGUCACUUUGAGGAGUGCCGAUCCGUUCGAGCAGCCCAACAUCAAUCUCAAUUUCUUCGAAAGCGAUCUCGACAUCAUCGCCAUGCGUGAGGGUAUCCGCUUCAGCUACGAUGUGCUGACCAAGGGUGACGGUUUCAAAGAUUGCGUUGUAUCUGAGACGCCUUGGAAGAUGCCUCUCCAUUCUGACGAAGAGAUGAAGCGUGCCGUCUUGGAUCGCUGUCAAACAGCUUUCCACCCCGUCGGAACCGCCCGCUUGAGCAAGAAUAUCGACCAGGGCGUGGUCGAUCCGGCGCUUAAAGUGCAUGGCGUUACUAACCUUCGCGUUAUUGAUGCUUCUGUCAUUCCAUUGAUUCCAGAUUGCCGUAUUCAGAACUCUGUGUACGCGGUGGCUGAAAAGGGAGCAGAUAUGAUCAAGGCUGAUCACAAGGACGUCUACUAA